GGGUAGAAGUACAUCCCCCCGGGUAGAAGAACAUCCCCCCGGGUAGAAGAACAUCCCCCCGGGUAGAAGAACAUCCCCACGAGCGUUCUUACGAACGUGCGAACGAGCGAACGAGCGAACUUGCAAACCUGCGAGUCCUCCUUUUGGGCGACGUAGAAUAUCGUAACGUUUGAUGAACCGAGUGGCAACAUUCGCCCUCUGCGAGCCAAAGCGGCCUCCAGUCACAUUCACAACAAAACGUAGGAUUUUUUUUUCCCCCCCCCCCCCUUUUUCUACGAUCAAGGAGGCAUACCCGUGUUGUAAAAUUGUAAAAAUAAUUUACCCCCCUUCUAGCAUUCAUCCUUUUAAGGCCCAUGAAAGAGGGAAAACAAAAAGUUGCAGUCAACCAUGGUGAUUCCAAGAAUAACAAACGGCCCCGGGAAAGAAAAAGAAAUUCAGCGGACAACAAUGACCAGCAUAAUGAGCUACUAAAAUAUAAGCAGAGCUUUUACAUAAUCAGGAAAACGAUCAACCUUAUAAAGAAUCACUACAGCAACAAAAUCAACAAGGCAGACAGCCUGCGGGAGAGGGAGCGGAAGCACCUGGCCCACCUGAAGCGGGAAAACGUCAUUCUGGAAGAUAAGUGCACCUUUUACGCUGAACAUGUAGAGGAGCUGAAGAAGAUAUACACAGAGCAGAUAAAACUUAAGAACAGCAAAAUAGAAAAUCUGCAAGAUGAGUUAGAUCAAAUGAGAAAAGCGACGGAGAGUGAAGUCGAGUCCAACAGCACGCGAAUACUUAAACUGCGGGAGGACCAAAUAGAGAGGCUGUCGCAGCAGCUGGACUCCAUCAACGGCUUGUACCACAAGCAAGUCGACAGUAACAAAAAACUGAUGAAGGAGAUAGAAGAGCUGAACAAAAGCAUUCUGUACCUCAAUAAUAAAAUACAGGAAGAAAAAAAUAACCGGGAUAACGUGAGGAGGAGGCUCAAAUACUACAAAAGAUACACCAAAAAUAAGAAGCGGUUCAAACUGAACUUCGACGUGCUGAUUGAUGACGAAGAGAGUGCACGAAGGGAGGAAGAGGGGGACAUUUGUGUAUCCGUUCUUUGCCACCUGAAAACCGAACUAGACAUGAUAGAUGAGGAGAAUAAAAAAAAAACAGAAAAAAGGGGACCCAAUCAUGGGGACAAAAAUUGGAAUAAAAACAGAAACAAAUACAUCGAUAAGGAGAGAAUAAAAAUUGAGAGCAAUAAUAAUAAUUUUUUUUAA